CUGUGGUCUCCAAACACCAUUUUCCCGUGGCAGGAGGACGUGCGGGCUGAGGACCGGGCCUGGCUCAGUGAUUAGGCUCUAAAAGGAGUUAUGAAAUGAAUGGGAGAUCAUUGCGCUGAGCCUCGGUGGACAGGAAGAAGACCCCUACCUUGUUCUUUCUGUGGUCGGUGCGCUCUAUGUUGUAAGUCACGUGAGCCUUAAACGGCCCUGCCCAGGAGGUGGACCUCGUCACCUGCAUUUUGCAAAAGGCGGCAGAGUGUGAAGGUGGUUCCUCGGCACUGCUUCCCAGUGAGUUCCUGCAGAGCCUCGGGUCCCACCCAGGCCCCAGCUACAGUUCAGUCCUCGCUGGGAGAGGAUGGGGCCGGCUAGGCUGUGGCUGCUGGGAGCUGGGAUCCUGGUCUCUGUCCACUGUCAGCCCUUCCCUGCCCGUGGAGAUAAGAGCCUGGGGGCACGUCAGCCCCCCAGCCAUCAGCUCUCAGAGCCAGCCCCCGCCUACCACAAAGUCGCGCCCACCAUUACCAGCUUUGCUUUGCGCCUAUACAAGCAGCUGGCGGCAGGCCCCCCAGGAAACAUCCUCUUCUCCCCGGUGAGCCUCGCCAGCACCCUGGCCCUGCUCUCUCUUGGGGCCCAAGCUGACACUGCAACUCAGAUCCUGGAGGGCCUGGGCUUCAACCUCACAGAGAUCCCAAGAGCCGAUGUCCACCAGGGCUUCCGGAGCCUCCUCCGCACCCUUGACCUGCCCAGCCCCAAACUUGAACUAAGAGUAGGAAGCUCCUUGUUCCUAGACAAGCAGCUCAAGCCUCAGCAGCGCUUCUUGGACAGCAUCAAGGAGCUGUACGGCGCGCUUGCUCUUUCCGCCAACUUCUCAGAUCCUGCUACCACCGGGCGGCAGAUCAAUGACUACGUGAGGAAGCAGACGUACGGGCACAUCACGGACUGCCUGCAGCAGUUCAGCCGCGACACGCUGGUGGUUCUCCUGAACCACAUCUUCUUCAAAGCCAAGUGGAAGCACCCUUUUGACCGCUACCAGACCCGGAGGCAGGAAAGCUUCUUCGUGGAUGACAGGACCUCCCUCCGCGUCCCCAUGAUGCAACAGAGGGAGAUGCACAGGUUCCUCUAUGACCAGGAGGUGGCGUGCACCGUGCUGCAGAUAGAGUACAGUGGCAACGCCCUGCUGCUGCUGGUGCUGCCCGACCCCGGGAAGAUGAGGCAGGUGGAGGCCACUCUGCAGCCAGAGACCCUAAGGAAGUGGGCACAGCUCUUCCUGCCCAGUCUGUUGGAUUUGCACUUGCCCAGGUUUUCGAUUUCUGCAGUGUAUAACCUGGAAGAGAUUCUUCCCCACAUCGGGCUCACCAGCAUAUUCAGCUUGGAGGCAGACUUCUCAGGGAUCACUGGGCAGCUCAACAAGACCAUAUCCAGGGUGUCACACAAGGCAGUGGUGGACAUGAAUGAGAAGGGAACCGAGGCAGGGGCCGCCUCUGGCCUCCUCUCCCAGCCCCCGCCCCUGAACACGACCUGGGCCCCUCGCGCCCAUUUCAACAGGCCCUUCCUGCUGCUGCUGUGGGAGGUGACCACCCAGAGUUUGCUCUUCCUGGGAAAAGUCGUGAACCCAGCUGCUGGGUGACUGGGUCAGGAGGGUUCUGUCUCCUGCCCAACAGGAAGGCAGCAACAGCCUGUCCUGCGGGGUGUGGUGCGAGCAGACCAGCUCCUGGUGUGAAAGAUGCUAGUAAAGUCGGCCCUGGGCACUGCAGCACUGAGGGCCGCUUAGGAGGGUGCCCAGCCCGCCCGCCACUCUCGCUGUGCGCUCUACCACCAGCUCAGACCUGGAGUCAACUGUGGUUAGAAAGCUGAAACUGACGGCAGCGUUGACGUUCUGGCCUCCUAGGAGAAGCCCACCGUUGCCGCCACCAUGCCGGGUACUUUCCAAGUGACCUUUGGGUAAGGGUCACAAUAAAAGGCACA